AUGAUGCCACCCUCAAGUCGAUACCGACUCCAUGCCACUCUAACAGGCCCGCAAGAUGCCGUACUCUCUAUAUCAUUCUCUGUCAAUUCUAGAUUCCUGGCCUGUACAGGGUAUGACGGGGUUAGCAUUUGGGACAUGGAGACGAUGAGAGCCGUAGGAAUACCCUUCAGGUUCGUCUCUGUCUCGGGGAUCGACGCAAAACGCAUACCAAGUUCAUCGACCUGGGUCUAUUUCGAGAAUAUCAAACGACAUGUAAUCCUCCUGGGAGGCAUACACGGUGACUUGAAUGCGUGGUCGUGGAAUGAUUCCAAAGGGGUCUUUGAGCACCUGAAGCACGCUGUACCUAGCCACACCACACAGCAAGUCCUAUCUUUACACGCAUAUGAAGCUCAAAUCAGUCCCGGAGCCUUGCACAUAUUGCUGUAG